AUGACCAAGACUGGCGCAAGGGAAAUGGGCAGGGAACCCACGUCCGAGGAGCAAGAGCCUCCGGUCUACGAGCAAGGUGUCAACUCUCCCUCUCGACCAGGUGCUGCCGAUAUCGCUGAAGCGCUCCAAGUGGAGGAGAUCGACCUAGACAUUUACAAGUCGCUCACCUUGUGGAAGCCAGCACGGGCUCGAGGUGUCUUUGGUGGCCAAGUCAUCGCACAAGCUGUUGCAGCAGCCAACAAGACAGUUCGUGAGGGUAUGCUGCUCCACUCUCUUCACAGCUACUUCCUUCUAGCCGGCGACGAGACACGUCCCAUCAUCUACCAAGUCACACGUGUUCGUGAUGGAGGCUCCUAUGUCACCCGCUCGGUCAACGCUAUUCAGAAAGGCAGGAGCAUCUUCACCAUCAUCCUCAGCUACCAAAAGCCCGAGCCACAUGAGCCUACCUUUGCCAUCCCUCUCCCUUCCCUCGACGCAGACGGCCGAGCUCUCCUAGAAUCUAUCACUGGCUCGCACGCGAACGGAAAUCACUCUGCCAAAGCUAUCAACUUCCGCGCUCUUCCUGGACCAAAUCAAUGCCCGCUCAACGAGAAGCGAUACCAGGAUGUCCUUGUCAACGGGAACCCAGAUGCUCGUGUCCGCAAGGUCCUCGAAGGCUGGGUCAGCGACCGACAAGCGUCGCCUGUAGAGAUUCGAGAUGCUCUCCCAGGGAUGUACGACAAAAACGGUAUUCCCACACCAGGCAAUCAGCAGGCAUUCUGGAUGCGUACACGUCGUCCAAUGCUUGGAGGUCUUGAGGCGCAAAAGGUCGCACUCGCCUACGCUUCCGACUUCUACCUUCUCAGCACCGUGCCCAAGGCGUUGAACAACAGCAGGGGGAUCAAGAUGAUGGCCAGUCUCGAUCACAGCAUGUGGUUCUACCAGCCCUUUCAAGUUCACGAUUGGCUGCUUUUCCUCAUGCAAACACAAGCCGCUUCCAACGGACGCGGCGUUGUCAUAGGCCGCAUCUACAGAGAAGAUGGUACUCUCGUCGCCGUUGUAUCUCAAGAAGGUCUCAUCAGAGGUCAGAACUCGCAGCCUCCUAAGAGCGCGGACGCUAAAGCUAAAUUGUGA